AUGGAAAAAACAUUGCCCGCCUCCCCUCUUAAAUGGGUGAAAAGGCGAACGAAACCAAGUGAUAAGCGUGAGGGCGGCGCUUGUACGUUCCGUCCGCCCAACGUGUAUAAAAGCUCACGUCUCGGCCAAAUCGGCACAGCUCGCCGCAGCCCGCCUAACAACAUAUUCUCUCGCCGCAGCUCAACCACAGGUCCAAUAAUGCUCCAAAGCAGUGGUGCCUUUGCGCUGGCUGUGACAGCACUGCUAGUUUGCUGCACCGCUGAUUCGCUACAGGACUCCGAAGGGUACGACGGUGACCACUCGUCAGGACGAUACGAUGCCGGUGAAAAAACUCAAGACAUGGACAAUGAGAGCAGCACCAGCAUAGUGAGAGAAGUUCGAGAAACGCAACCAUAUUUUAGUCUGUUACCAUAUCUGAUGACAAGAAGACACGACCAUGCAAGUUCAUCAAACAUCGGCGUCAACGGGAAAAGGGAGCAGUGGCCAUCGCGCAAAUUUAACGGUUACAACGAAGUGGGAUAUCUUAAACGCAACUUUGAUGAAAUUGAUCUGUCGGGGUUGAACAAUUUCGUGCGCAAGAGGAACUUCGAUGAAAUCGAUCACACUUGGCUUCCGUUCCCCCUUCACAAACGCUCCAAUCACUAUUACGGAACUAAUUUCUUGGACACAGCUGUCUCCGGACUCGACAAGAAGAGAUACAAACCUGACUACCCCAUGGAUGAGAUAGACCUAUCGUCGUUUCCCAUUGGUUCCAAGAGAUCCCAACAUGUUCUCUUAGUUCGCUAG